GGCAGGGCUCGGCGGUGCCGCCACCAGCAGCAGGCAUGAAGCGACCCCUGAGCCCAUCCCAGAGCCCCGAGAGUGCAGUGCAGCUGGUGGAGGAGGCCAGCUGCCCCCCCAGCCAGCCCGAGCAGCGCAUGAAGAGGGAGAAGAAGCAGCAGUCGUUCACACUUUGCGAGGUCUGCAAUAUCCAGCUCAACUCCGCUGCCCAGGCGCAGAUCCACUACAACGGCAAGUCCCACCAGAAGCGCCUCAAGCAGCUAAACAAGGGGAAGAUGCCAGCAGCCCAAGGUCCCUCCGGACACAGCAGCCCCCUCUUAGCGUCGUUGCCCAUCCCUGGCCGGCCUCUUCAUCCUCCCUUGGACAUCAAGCACUUUCUGACCUUCAGGCUCAACGGGACAUCACCGCUCAACCUCUUCCCCAACUUCAACACGAUGGACCCGGUGCAGAAGGCAGUGAUCAGCCACACCUUCGGCGUGCCAGCCCCGCUCAAGAAGAAGCAGUUCAUCUCCUGCAACAUCUGCCACCUGCGCUUCAACUCUGCCAACCAGGCUGAAGCCCACUACAAGGGCCACAAGCACGCGCGGAGGCUGAAGGCCAUCGAGGCCAUGAAGAACAAGCAGAAGGUGGUGGGGGCUGCAGCAGGGACCCCUGGCCAGGACAGCACGGCCGACCUGGCCCCCAGCCCUGUGGGCAGUGGGGAGCUGGGCAGCACAGCUGAUGCCAGUAGCCCACAGGAGUCGGAGGGUGAGGGCAGCAGCCUGGGGCUGGUGCCCAGCACUGAGGAGUCACCUGUGGAGCUGCCAGGCACUGUUGCCCCGCUGGGCUCCCCGCCGGCCUCCGAGCUGUCAGAGGGCACCUCAGAUGCCACCAGCGUGGCCUCCUCGUCCGCCCAGGCAGCUGAGGCACAGGCAGCUGAGUCAGGCAGCAGCGUCAGCUCGGCCCCUGAGAGUGAGAAAGAGGGGAAAAAGAGCAAACAGCACCUGUAUUGUCCCACCUGCAAAGUGACCGUCAACUCCCUGUCCCAGCUGGAGGCUCACAACACCGGUGCUAAGCACAAGUCAAUGCUGGAAGGUCACGGCACCCAACUGCGGCGAGGCCGGGGCAAGCUGCUCUCUCGGGCAGGGCACAAGUCCAAGCGGAUCGGGAACAAGGGCAGCAUCAACAUCCAGAACAAGGCAUUUCACUGCCAAGUGUGCGAGAUCUAUGUCAACUCUGAGACCCAGCUCAAGCAGCACAUGAGCAGCCGGAGGCACAAAGACAGGCUGGCAGGGAAGCCACCCAAGCCCAAGUACAGCCCCUACAACAAGCUGCAGAAGAAUGCUGCCCUCGCAUCCAAGCUGGCUUUGCAGAAGCACCUCACCAAAACCCUGGCAACCCGUUUCCUGCCGAGCCCGCUCACCGCCGCUGCCGUCUGCGCCAUGCCUGGACCCCUUGCCUUGCGACCAGCAGCUGCCACCACCCUGUUCCAAGCCCCGAUCCUCGGACCAGCCCUUUUCCGAACGCCGCCGGCCCACGUCCGCCCCACGCCGGGUCCCAUCGUCUUCGCACCCUACUAGAGCUGCCGGCCCACCGAGGGUCUGUCCGCUGCAGCUGGGCUGGGCUGCGGGGGCUGCGCGCUGGGGGCAGCGCUCCUGGUACCUGCUCUCCUGGCUGGUGGGAAAACGUAGUCGUAGACAUCAACCCCGGCUUCUCCUUUGCUCGGAGAGGGCUCCCACUGGAGAGAGGUGCCCCGACAGAGCCUGGCCAGCCCCGCCGCGCAUCCCCAGCGCUCCCCCAGCCUGUGCUGGUCCCCUGCUCAGCAGAUGAGCCCAGGCAGUGCAUGGAAGGGACAGUGUCCAAAUCAGCAGGAGCAUCUCAUGGCCAGAGCCUGCCUGUCCUUAGCCUGUUGGUUGUUUCUUCAUUGCCCUCCCAGUUACCAGGCUGGAAGGAGAGGAGCUGGCUGGUCCCUGGGAGAAGGAGCAUCCCUGUGGUCCCUGCCAGUGCAGUCGGAAGGGAACUGCGAGGGGAAUCUCAGCACAGCUCUUACUGGGAGAAACAACCCCAGCACAAGUGGGAAGCUGACAGUUUCUCUCUCAGCCUGGGCUGGCUGUGCCCUUGCCAGCCCUGCACCUACCUGUGCUGGCAGGGGGUUUCUGUGCCACCCACCAGCCCCCCGUCCCCACAAUUCCCUAUAUCCCACCAGCCAAAGAGCCCCCGUGGUGGCAGGCACCGGCCACACUGACCGUAUCCUCACUCCGAGAGCAAUAGCUGACCCCAGGGCUGGUGCCUCCUCCCUCCAAAGCACACGGGCCCUGCCCUGGCCCCAGAAGCACACGAUGGGCACAUGGCUAUGCUGGGCCCCACUCAUGCCCAGCGAGGCCGGGGGUGCCAGGCUUGUCCAGUGCUGGCUCCCCAAGGAGGUGACCCUGUGCUUGGCACCUGUCCUUGUCUCUGUCCCACCGUGGGGACAGCCCUGCCCCUACCUCCCGGGAGACGCUGUGAGGCUGAGUGAAUGUCCCUAAAGCACUUUCAGUUCUCCAGUGAAAGGCAACGCUGCUGCUCACCUGCCGUGCACAGCCCUCCAAUCCCAUCCCAGUUAGGAGCUUCCAGGAGGUUACUGAUGAUUCCCGAAAUCAAAAGUGUCCUCAGCAGCCCGGACAAUCAGGUGGCAGGUGCACCCAUAGCCUGCAGAGUGCCAGGCUCUGGAGGGACCCCGAGGCCAUAGCUCUG